AUGGGCCGAAUUGAAACAUUAGAAGUAGAAAACUUUAAAUCCUUCAAGGGCAAGCAUGUCGUUGGACCCUUUAAGAAGUUUACUGCAAUUAUUGGACCAAAUGGAUCAGGUAAAUAAUUAUUAGAAGUGAUUUGUUAUGUCAUUGUUGAUUCCAGGAAAAUCCAAUCUUAUGGACGCCGUUUCAUUUGUUUUGGGAGAAAAAAGUACAUCCCUGAGAGUUCGCAGAAUUGGUGUAAGUAUUCUUUGUUUUUCAGGUAUUUUAUUUUGUGAAUUUAGGAUCUCAUUCAUGGAGCUUCAAUUAACAAACCAUAUUCGAAUAGUUGCCGAGUUACCCUCAAUUACAUUGAUGAUGAUGGUAGCAAAAAGGUAUUUUCGAGAGCUGUGAAGAGUCAAAAUAAUGAGUAUCGAGUGGAUAACGAGGUCGUAACUACUGCCCAAUACAACCAUGCUCUGCAAGGCAUUAACAUCUUUAUAAAGGCCCACAAUUUCCUUGUUUUUCAAGGGGAAGUGGAGCAAAUUGCCAUGAGGUCGCCAAAGGAUCUUACCGAGAUGUUUGAAGAAUUGUCAAAGUAAGGUUAACUUUGUUUGUUAUGUGCGUUAUUUAGGUCGGCUCAGUUUAAAAAUGAAUAUGAAAGGUUGAGAAGUGAAGUCGAUAAGGCUGAGAAUGAAACGAUGGAGAAUUUCAAUAAAAGAAGGGAUGUCGAAAAGGAGAAGCGAAUUGCCAAACAAGAAAAAGAUAUGGCUAGGAAUUUCCAGCAAGCUAAAGAUGAUUUGGUGGGUCAUAAUUAUUUUCUUUUUAUUUUUUAGGCUCAAAAGUCGACAAAGUUUUAUACGGCUAAACUUUUUGCUGCUGAUUUGGCCGAGAAGAAGGCUAGAGUCCAGAAGAAUAGGUUCGAAGAAGAGUUGGAGGAGGCGAGAGGACAGAAACAAGAACAUGAAACCGAGGUACAAUCGAAGAGAGAUGUGGUCCGGCAAAAGAACCGCGAGGUCCAUAAAUUGGAGAAUAAGAUACUGGCUGAUGAAAAUAAUGUUACCAAAGAGCGGCCAGAACUAUUGAAACUGAGUCAACAGAAAGAUCACAUUAAGAAAAGGCUGGAAAUCCUUCAAAAAGUAUAUCUGGCUGCUCAGAAGAAGGCUGAAGAACAUGAAAAGGCUAUUUCUGAUGCCACAAAGAAGUUAGCGUAAGUUGAUUAUCAAGUUAUGCAUUAUGUGACCAUGGUUUUAGUGCUGCACGAAAAAACAAAGAAAAGUUGGAAGCAGAAUUGGCCGCUGAAUCUGAACAGAACCAACUAAAACUGAAUUCCGAUCAGAUCGAUGAGUACAGAAAGUUGAAAGCCGAGGCGGAAAGAAGGACUGUCAUGGUCUCAUCUGAAAUAUAUAACAAGCAACAAGAGAUGGAUCAUCUUCAAUCUAUAAUUGAUUUCCAAAAGCAACGCUUGCUUGAAUGGAAGGACAAGGAGAGGAGAGUAAGAGAUAGUGACCUUUUUGCAUGUUUAUUGUCUACUUUCAGGCCGUCGAAGAACUUGAGAAAGACAAGCGAGUUCGUGAUUCCAUUAUCGAAUCUAACCAGCGAACGAAGGAACGAUUGGAAAAUGAAAGGAAAGGGUUUUUACACGAUGAAGAACAGAUGAAGACUGUGAAGCAACAAAAGCUUGAACUCCAGGAAACGUUGGCUGAUAUCCAAAAACAACUCAACGAUCUUGAUGGAGACACAAAAGAAACCAGAAGAGAACAAGCGCGUAACGAGGCUCUCGAGAAUAUGAAAAGAAUCUUCGGAGACAGAAUCUAUGGACGGAUUGUUGAGUUUUGCAGUCCUGUGAACAAGAGAUACAAUGUGGCUAUCACGAAGGUGGGCUUUAACAUUAUUGGUAUUCAAUUUCUUAGAUUAUGGCCAGACACAUGAACUCAAUUGUUGUGGACACUGAUGACACAGCUAGGGCUUGCAUCAAUUAUCUACAUGAACAGAGACACGAACCCGAGACAUUCCUUCCUUUGAGUACAAUUGAUGUUGCGCCUCUUAAAGAACAACUACGCAACAGAAGGGAUGCGAAACUUGUAUUCGAUGUGAUCCAAUGUUCUGUUCCGGAGGCAAAGAAAGCUGUCCAAUUUGUUUGUGGAAAUUCUUUGGUUGCUGAAAGCGUUGAGGUCGCUAAGGAAUUGGCUUAUGGGACUGACAGAUACAAGGCUGUAACCGAAAACGGCACCUUAUUCAAUCCCGAGGGAUCUAUUUCCGGUAUGUUUUCCUAAUCAGUUUGAUUUAUUUCUUUAGGUGGCAGUUCUGACCUGAAACAGAGGUCCAAAAAAUGGGAUGGCCAACAAGCCAAGAAAAUUAAGGAUAAGAAAAGAAAACUCGAAGCAGAACUGUCCGAGAUACAAGCGACCACCAAAACUGAGCUUGAACUCGAAAUGAAGAGACGUGAGAUCUCGAAUAUGGAGAACAGAAUCCGGUAUACUGAACAGGAUCUGGAGAGAAGAGAGAGGGAUAUUGAAGCAAAGGAAGGAGAAGUAGUCAGAAUUAGAAGUGGAGUUGAAAGCACCGAAUUUUUAUUGGAACAGAAGGCAGAGGAAUUGGCAGAAGAGCAAGAGAAGAUCAAUGAAUUGAUUGCCAAGAGAGAUCAGGUCGAGUCACAAGUCUUUGCGGACUUUUGUAAACGCGUGGGCAUCCAGAAUAUUCGGUGAGUAAUAAUAUCUUUGCUUAAUUUAAUUAUUUACAAAAUUUGUUUAUUUUUUUUGUUUAGUGAAUACGAAGAAAAGGAGCUCCAUUUCCAUGAAGAACGUAAUCGUCGGAUCACCGAAUGCGCUACUCAAAUUGAACGCUUGGUCAAUGAACUUGAAUACCUAAAAACUGAGGACAGACAGGCAGUUGUGGAACGGGAAGCCGAGAAAAUUGCCAAACUUAAGAAAGAGGAGAAGACAACUGACAAGAAAUAUAAAGAACAGGAAGAAAAAGUAGCCAAAUUAGAAGAAUUGCUGAAGAAAGACACGGAAGAAUUGAAAAAGAAAAAGGUUGAACUUGAAGAGGCUGAAGUUGAGUUAAAUGCCGCUAAAAAGGAUGGGCAUGAAGUGGAUAAAGCCGUCCAUGCGGCCGAGAAGAAGAUCCUCAGCCAAGAUCAGAUCAUCAGUCGGAAAGCGGAAGAAAGACACGCAUUGUUGUUGGAGUGCAAGGUGCAGAAUGUACAAAUCCCAUUGUUAAAUGGCAGUCUUGAUAGUCUUGUGCCGGAUGAGUGUAGGUUCCUAAUUAAAAGUUUUUUACUAAAAAUAAAAUUCUAGCUGAUGAAUCUCAACCCUCUCAAAGUACCUCAACUCAGGAUAUAUCUCAAAGACAAUCUGAUAGUAUUCAGAUCGAUUUCUCAUCACUGACUACCAAUUACAAACGCAAAUUUGAGGAUGACGCAGGGGCAACCCGUGAGUUGGCCGUUCUUCAGAAGGCCAUGAACGAAGCCGAAGUUAAACUUGGUCAAAUUGCUCCUCCAGUUGUAAAUGUAGAUCAGAGAAUGGAAGAAGUUAGAGGAAAGGAGAAAGAGACCAACGAGAUCUACGAAAAUGCGAGGAAACAUACUCAGAAGUUGAUGCACGACUUCGACAAGGUCAAGCAAAAUCGACUUAACCGAUUUUCCGAAUUCUUUGAUCCCGUGGCGGAACAUAUUGACGAUAUUUACAAGGUUGUUUUGGGUUACUGACGUGAUAUUUUCUUUUUUCAGCGUUUAACGAAAACGUCCAGUGCCCAAGCCUACCUCGGGCCCAUGAACCACGAAGAACCAUAUAAUGAUGGCAUACAGUACAACUGUAUUGCCCCUGGAAAACGUUUCAGACCUAUGGACAACUUGUCAGGAGGAGAAAAGACGAUCGCCGCUUUGGCCCUUCUCUUUGCCAUUCACGGAUCGAAGUCGCCUUCGCCCUUCUUUGUGUUGGAUGAAGUUGAUGCUGCUUUGGAUAACACCAACAUUGGAUUGGUGGUAAAUUACAUGAAAGAGAGGUCCAGAGACGAUUUGCAAGUGAUUGUGAUCUCUCUUAAAGAAGAGAUGUACAGCAAGGCCGAUGCACUCAUCGGUGUUUAUCCCAAGAAAUCUCAUCCAUGUAUUUCGUCCGGAAUCAUCACAAUGGAUCUGGAGAAUACAUAA